AAGGGCAGGGCGCUAUGUUUAAGAAGGUUGUUUUGGAGGGACGGUCUUCAUCGUUUUGGUGAUUUCGUGAUAUACUUUAGACAUUAUGUGAUGUAAAAUAAAUUGUUCGUAGAGCUAUCAUUAUUAUAGUAUAACAUUUUGGAAAGUAGAAAGUGUUAAAAUUUUAGUACGUAAACAAGUUACUGCUCUUCGUGUUAGUAUUUCAAACAUUUUGCCAUUCACUUGCUGAAGAUCCUCAUAGUCAAUAUUCAGGUUUAUUCUUAUGAUAUACUUGUAGACUUCAUACGCAUUGAAGAUCGAACUACUACUACUCUUAAGAAACUAGUCACGAGAUUCUUCCGGACGGCAUCCAGACGAAGUUUAGAAUUAUUUGUAUGAAGUCUACAUCUAUUUCCGUGUGUUUCAUUUAACAAAGUGCCUUUUGGAUCUUUAGUUUGAAAUGUAUCACUGCAUUGCUUCGUUACAAUCGUGGCACCAUAUUAUAUUCUAGUGACCAUAGAUCUUAGUACGGUUCUGUUUAGUAGGUAAUAAUUCAUUUAGGGGUUUGCAAUGCCGUUAACCUUUUAAAAGUGCGUAGUUAGUGUGUUUAUGCCGUUGCUUUUUAGAUUACAAUAAGGUAACUUGAUACGCUUUGGUACAUAAUUGCUAUUUGUUCUCUAAUUGUUAGAGUUACUACCGACUAAGUUUUUUUGGAUACAGUUCUUGUCUCAGUAAACUUGGUCUGCCAAUGAACUCCAGAAAAAUAGCUCUGUUACAAUAUCACGUAUUAAUGUAUUUUCUUUCUCACCCACUGUGACAUUCCCUAUCCCCCUCGUCUUUCCACUCACAAACGUGAAACAGUUGGUAGCAGUAAUUUAAAUUGUCUCGUAAGAUGACAGGCACAUUUUCUGUUGUUUAUCACUGUCAAUGCUAGCUUAUAUAACUUUCAUCCAGUGAAGAAUGAUCCAUUUUAUUGAGCGGUUCAGACGUAAAAAAUGCCAGGCAAAUGAAUAACAUCAAAUAAACAAAAUCACCUCAAAAUCGUUUAACUCUAUUAAUUAGUGUUCUUUAUCCUCAUUUCAUCGAGAAGAGUUCUUGUUUUUGAAUCUAGGCUGUGGCUAUUCAAAUGGACUAGCGUUAGUUACUCAUUGCAUUACUCAGUUUGUUCGGCUGAGCCCUAUAUCUCUAGACUGGUACUGGACUCCUGAAGUGGAAACGGCUAAGAGGAAUUCAGAACAACAACUUGAGCAUCCUUAAAUCUCCCACCUAACUAAUCAUACUCUUCAUCCUAGGUUUUCAACAUAACUUUAAGAUACGAUUUUCGUGUCUCAAUAGGCAUAAAAUUCUGUAUAUGCAUAUAGGGUGACUUGCUUGACAUGCACGGAUAGUAAGUUUAGCAAAUAAUAGAGGAAUAAAUAAAACCAUGUGUUUUCUAUCAGUAGGGCCCGAUUUUUGACAAAAAAGUUGAGAAAGUUUAGCCCAUCUUAUGUCUCACAUUAAUUAGUAAGGACACAGGAGACUUGUCUAAUUUGGCUUUUAAAGUUUUUGUUUACACGGGAUUAAGUAUGAGUCGUAAACAGUAGAUAGAUUGCCAUUAAUGAAAUUUUUACACUAGAAUCUGAUUUAAUGCAGAAAAAUUCACUACACGUGCCUGUACAUAAGUUAUAUUUUUAAAUGCCUCAUCAUGUAUUAAUUCACAUAUAUUUCGUUCUGUUCACUUUCGUUGUAAAAACAAAUCGCUGUUGUUUUUUAUUCUCUUUUACACAGAUCCCAUUCAUAAUUUAAAUGAAAUGUUCCGCAAAAGCUUUCUUGCUUGGCAUUUUAGUUUAAUUCUGUUAAUUGAUAAUUCAAAUGGUUCAGAUGUUGAAUUCGAAUUCCCCCCCAGUCCUUACUCAUCAGACUUCAAGAAAUGUGGACUCGACAAAAAGGGAUACGUUUGUGAUCCUGAUAAAAUUCUUGACUAUUCUGCUAGACAAUCAAUAAAUGAAUUGUUAUUACAUUAUCCUCGAGAAACACCAUGUUUAUGUCGUCAUCCGUGUUUUAGAAAUGAAGUUAAUCAAAACGCUAGACUUGUUGUAACAGCACUAGUUUCGAAACCAUUUUCAAAUAAAAAUGCUUCAAUUGUACAAUAUGCAAACAAUAUUCGAAAUAAAUGGAAAAUUGGAGCAUGCAAUGGUAAUGAUGUUUUAAUUUUAAUCACAGAAAAAGCUCUUCAUAUUUCAUAUGGUUCAUUAGUAGCACGAGCUUUAAACUCAGAAUGUACACGUCGUUUAAUUGGUCGUUUUGAUGCUAAUAAAGAAAUCAUUACAAAUAUUCGUCAAACAGCAUUUAUUCUACGUGAAUAUUUUCUUGAUCCAUGUUUAUGUCGACCGUGUAAAACUGCUUAUUCAUGGUUUAAAAUACCAGCUAUGCUUUUAGCAUGUUUUUGUCUAUUAACAUGGUUAAGUUUAGUUGGUCGUAGAGCAUAUUUACGUCGUAAUAAUUUGAAUACACGUCCAUAUUGUUCACUAUCUGAUCUUACUUAUACAACAACAAAUAGACAUCAUUAUCAUCAUACACGUUCAUCACGUUCUGGACGUAUUCGAACUGGUGGAUUUUCUUCACCAUUUAAUAUAUGGGAAACAAGACCAUAUCGUUCAAAUAGUAUACAUGGUAUAGAAAAUACGAAUAAUAUGUCAAAUUCAAAUUGGUGUAAUCUUUCUUCAUAUUUUGGACGACCUAAUGUUCUCUGUUCUGAUGGAUUUCGUACUACACCUCCACCACCCGCUUAUUCCAGUUUAAAGCAUAUCAUUCAACCACCACCAGCUUAUUCAGAAAUCCAAUCUACUAAUGAUCUACUAGCUAAACAAUGUGUUAAUACAUCAACGUCAAUAACCACUACUUUAAAUAUAGGAAAUCCAACAGAAAUCGAACAAUCACAACUUGAAUCAAUGCAUAUAACAUCAUCACCUAAUAUUACUACUACUACGACUACUACUACCACCAACACAAAUUCCCCGCCUUCUUAUUCUGAAGUUGUUUUAUCACGUUCCAAUAAUUCGAAUAACUAUCAGAUCAGUGAUAGCAAUUCAUCUUCAAAUACUAAUGAAACAGACACAACAUACACAUCGAAUCUUGAUACAUCGAGUACAACCACAAAUUAAUGAAUAAUACAAAUUCCCUCUCUCUCUCUCUCUCUCUCGUUUUUUCUCUCUUUUGUUAUUAGAAAAACAAGCAGCAAUUGUUAUUCGAUUAAAAACAAAAACUAUAUAUGAAUUAUCAGAUUUUUUCCGUCUCUCUCUAUUCAAUAGUCUCAAAAUAUUUAUUCUCUUUCUUUUUCAAAUGCCAAACAAACCACUGCAUAGUUUUCUUAUUUGAAUUCAAUGUUUCAGUGUGUGUUUUUUUCUAUGGAAACUUUUUUCUCUCUCUCUCUCUCUUCCUAGCAACUUUAUUUUUCUUUUGUUUUGUUUUGUUUUUUGAUUAAACAUAUUUGAUGAAUGAAUAUUAAUCUGUGAUGCUUUAUUAUUUUUUUUUCUCUGUUCAGUUUUAUUUUCUUUUUGUUUUUGCAAAUGUUGUAUAUUUUAUACAAGCGUAGAUACGUCAAAUUGUAAUACUAUUAUGAUUUUCUCUGUUUUCAACAUAACUAAGAUCUAUUAAUGCUAUUUAUUUUGGUUAACUCCGCUUUCACAUUCUUUAUUCAUCUUCUUCUAUUGAACGUGUACAAAAAAUAAAACUAAUUUCAAUAUUAUAUAUACAUAUAUAUUCCAAAUGCU